AUGGCCGACAUGAAGGCAUGGCAGCUCGCCACGCCCGGCGAGGUCCAAACCACACUGCAGCUCACGACGGUCGCGCGGCCGCCGCCGGCGCUCAAGCCGCACGAGAUCCAGGUGCGCGUCAUCAGCGCGGCCAUCAACCCGGCCGACUACAAGGUGCCGGCGAUGGGGUUCGGGGCGCGGGCGAUCCUGCCGUUCCCCAAGACGGUGGGCAUGGACCUCAGCGGCGAGGUGGUCUCGGUGGGCAGCGGCGUGGGGGCCCGCGUCUUCAUCAACGGCGGGUCCGGCGGCGUCGGCACCUUUGGCAUCCAGGUCGCCAAGCUGCUGGGGUGCCACGUCACCGUGUCCUGCUCGGCCGCCAAGGCCGCGCUGUGCCGCUCCCUCGGCGCCGACGACGUCAUCGACUACGGGGCCGCCGACGUCGUCGACGAGCUCGCCGCCCGGGGCCGCGUCUUCAGCCUCAUCGCCGACAACGUCGGCUACGACCCGCCCAACCUGUACGCCCGCGCCGGCCGCGUCCUCCUCCCCGACGGCGUAUUCGUCAUUGUCGCCGCCGGGAAGCACAUUGGCCACGCCGCCUCGGCCGUCGCCAACCUGAUUCGGCCGUCGUUUCUGGGCGGCGGCAAGAACAAGGUCGUCUUGUACUUGACGUCGAGCAACCGCGACGACUGGGAUGCGCUGGCGCAGUGGGUGAACGAGGGCAAGCUGACCGCCGUCAUUGACAAGACGUUCGAGUUUGGCGACGCGUUGCAGGCCUUUGAGCAUCUGCAGACGGGCUCGACGGCCGGCAAGGUUGUGAUACAUGUGUCGAGCAAGGACUGA